AUGUUUCGCACUACAGUUCGCAGGUUCUCUACCUCUAUCACACGGGCCUCUGAGUUCGCAUACACACAGCGAGUUUCUCAGGCACAAGGCACCGUCAAUGGCUUCGUUGGUGCAAUCGGUAGGACGCCAUUAAUCCGUCUCAACAAACUUAGCGAUGAGACUGGUUGUGAGAUUCUCGGAAAAGCCGAGUUUAUGAACCCUGGCGGCAGCGUAAAAGAUCGUGCAGCUCUUUACGUCGUCAAAGAUGCUGAAGAACGCUCUCUUCUUAAGCCAGGUGGUACCGUCGUUGAAGGUACAGCCGGAAACACCGGUAUUGGACUUGCCCACGUCUGUCGCUCAAAGGGCUACAAAUGCGUGAUCUACAUGCCCAACACUCAAUCCCAGGGUAAAAUCGACCUCCUCCGCCUUCUGGGUGCUGAAGUAUACCCAGUUCCUGCGGUUGCCUUCGAAAACCCAGAGAAUUACAACCACCAGGCGAAACGACAUGCCGAGAAAUUGGAGAACGCUGUAUGGACUAACCAGUUCGAUAACACGGCGAACCGACGGGCGCAUAUCGAGACAACUGGACCUGAGAUUUGGGAACAAACUGGCGGGAAGAUCGAUGGAUUCACCUGCUCUACUGGAACUGGAGGUACACUGGCGGGUAUCACAAGAUAUUUGAAGGAGAAGAGUGAUGGGACAGUCAAGAGUUUUCUGGCGGAUCCUCCUGGAUCGGUGUUGUAUUCGUACAUCACAUCUGGAGGGAAAUUAAAUGAAAGAACGGGAAGCUCGAUAACAGAGGGUAUUGGACAAGGACGUGUCACUGAUAAUCUAAAGCCAGAUAUCGAACUCGUGGAUGGUGCGCUACAUAUCGCGGAUGAAAAGAGUAUUGAGAUGGUGUACAGACUGUUGGAUGAGGAAGGGUUGUAUAUGGGAGCUAGCACAGCUUUGAAUGUCGUCGCAGCAUACGAAAUGGCGAAGAUCUUGGGACCCGGAAAGACGGUUGUUACUGUUCUGUGCGAUGGAGCAUACCGAUAUGCCGAAAGACUUUUCAGCAGGAAAUGGCUGGAGAGUAAGGGCUUGGUUGAAGCGAUUCCACCACACUUGGAGAAGUAUAUUGUCUUACCAUAG